GUACGCAAUCCGCUUCCGAGCAUCAUAUUUAUAUGCCGCUCUUGGCUUAACCGAAGGACCGACGCAUUCGCUUUCCUCACUUGACUCUUGACUCUGCAAACAUUUGUAGAAGUUCUUUCAUCUGGAAUUCGAUCUUUCGUUUCAUUCACUGUCUAGGAAUCCAUGGAUGGGAAUAAUUGGAGACCUGCUGCUCAAGAGGAAUCCAACGGCAUGGACGGUGGCGAUUGGCGGGCCCUUUUAUCCCCUGAUUCUCGACAGAAGAUCGUCAAUAAGAUAAUGGAAACUUUAAAGAAGCACUUACCGGUAUCUGUACCUGAGGGAUUAGUUGAGCUUCAAAAAAUUGCUGUAAGAUUUGAGGAGAAGAUUUAUACUGCUGCCAUGAGCCAGUCAGAUUAUCUGCGGAAAAUAGCUAUGAAGCUGCUUACAAUGGAGAUUAAAUCUCAGCCUGCUGGUGCAAUUAAUUCCUUGCCAUCAAAUUCUGCUGGUGGGAACCAAAAUCCCUCAGAUCCAGCACUGCACGGUAUGCAAUCACAAGUUCACAGCCCAGGUCAGCCAUUAUCAAUGCCCUUGGCCAACCAGUCUCAAUUACAAGAGCUGCUUUUACCCCAGAACCUACCAACUACUACAAUACAAAGUUCCGCAAGCUUGCCACCUGCUCUGUCAUCAAUAACGGGAAUAACUCGGAAUGCCAUAUCCAACAUCGUCGGCCAGGACUCCAACUUGCAAAACAUAUCUGGAAUUUCGCAGAAUUCUGUAAGUAAUUCAAUGGGUCAGGGAGUACAAUCAAAUAUAUUUACCAUUUCACAGAGGCAGAUGCAAGGAAGACCACAACAGGUUGUCUCCCUACAGCAGCAGCAGCAGCAGCAGUUAAUUUACCAGCAGCAGCUUCAGCAGCAGCUUUUGAAGCAGAAGAUGCAGCGGGGAAAUAUUCAGUCCAAUCUCUUGCCAUCAGACAUGCAGCAACAACAGCCCCUUUUGGAGCCAAACCAAAUGCAGCUCUCCCAAUUGCCCCUAAUGCAAAUAUCUUCUUCUGGUCUCACUUCAAGCCAGCCUACUCAGCAGACCCAACCUUCUUUAAUGCAGUCAACUCAGCCUGGCCUUCGACAGAAUCAACAGCCUGGACCAUCUGUACUGCAGCAACAGUCAGUCCUUGGGCAACAACAGCAAACACCAGUUUCUCAGCAGCCAAUCUUACCUUCACAGCAGCAGCAACAGCUGACAGGGCAGCAACCAAGUUCAGGAAACAUGCAACAGAAUCAACUUCUUGGGCAGCAAAACAGCAUCUCAGACAUAUCGCAGCAGCAGAAACCGAGGCUUCUUGGCCAGCAGAAUAAUCUUUCUAAUAUGCAGCAGCUGAAUUCAUUACAACAGGAAAUGCAGCAAAGGAUGCAAACACCAGGUUCCUUGCUUCCACCUCAGAAUGCAAUCGAGCAGCGGAAGCAAACUUUUCAGUCACAAAGAGGGCUUCCAGAAGCCCCAUCAUCAUCAAUGGACUCCACAGCACAGACAGGGCAUACAGAUGUUGUUGAUUGGCAAGAAGAGAUCUAUCAGAAGAUUAAAUCCAUGAAGGAACUGUACUUCCCGGAACUGAAUGAAAUGUACCAGAAGAUCAACCUGAAAUUCCAGCAGAAUGAUGCACUCCUCCAACAGCCGGAGCAGCAAGAGCAAUUCGAGAGACUCAGAUAUUUUAAGAACCUAUUAGAGCGCAUGAUAACAUUCUUACAGUUGCCCAAAAGUAAUAUUCCAAUUGGUUUCAAGGAUAAGCUGCCCCAAUAUGAGAAACAAAUCAUUGGUAUUCUCAGUUCUCACAGGCUAAAAAAACCUGGCAUGCCACAGCAGCAAGGGCAGCAACAACCACUCCAGCAGCCUGGUGGUCAAUCACACUCGAUGACGCAGCAGCUGCAAUCUCAUAUCCCACAGUUGCAGCAGCAUGACAACCAUGUCAACCAGAUGCAGCCAAUGAACUUACAGCCUUCUAUGACAUCGUUGCAGCCAGGUGCUGUGACAGGUUUGCAGCAUGGAUCCAUGCCUUUAUGUACACAUUUGGGGGUUCCUGCAACAGAGCAGAGCAUGAUAAAUGCUCUUCAGCUCAGUUCAAAUCUGGAUUCGACGUCACGGAAUGCGAUGAGUGGCAUGGUGGGGUACCUACAGCAGAACACUGUCAAUGCAGCCCAACAGGCUAACAUCAACACAUUAUCGCAGAGUGGUCCAAGUGCUUUGCAGCCUAAUAUGAAUCUCCUUCAAAAAAAUUCUAAUAUGAUCCAGCAACAGCACCUGAAAAAGGAACAGCUGAUGCAAACACUACAAUUAAAGCAACAACAGUGGAAGCAACAGAUGCACCAACAGUUAAUGCAGCAGCUAAAGAUGGGAGCUCCUUUUCCUAUAUCUUCACCUCAAAAUUUUCAAGCCCAAUCGCCUCAAUUUUUUCAGCAUUCUUCUCCACAGAUUGACCAGCGGACUUUGCUAGCAUCCAUUCCGAAGUCUGCAACACCUAUACAAUCUGCAAACUCACCCUUCAUCAUUCCUCCUUCCACGCCCUUAACCCCAUCUCCUUUACAAGGGGACCCUGAGAAACAGCAGUCUUCUGGUAUUUCAUCGAACUUGAAUGCUGGAAAUAUGGGACAUCAACAAACUGCCAUUGGCCUAAUCCAAGCUCAAUCCCUUGCAAUCGGUACACCUGGCAUCUCAACAUCCCCCUUGCUCGCUGAGUUCAGCAGCCCGGAUGGCAAUCAAGGCAGUGCACCCAUGGCUUUAUCUGGCAUGUCAAGCACAACAGAGCGGCCACUGGAGGGUUUAUUUAAAGCGGAUGGAAUGGCACCCUAUUACGUUGUUUACCGUGGGAGGGUUCCGGAGAUUUAUGCAUCGAGGCCUUUAUGCCAGGAUCAAGUUCAUCAAUUCGGUGGUUCCAGCUUCCAUGGGUUUUCAUCACUAGAUGAAGCUAUUGAGGCUUGGUGUGACUUCACCGGCAAGCGUUCACCAUUGACAGUUGAGCCGCCUACUCAACAUCAUCCGCAAGCAGUUCUGUCCAGUAACAACUCUGACCGGAAUACGAAUCAACCCUUUGUUUGUGCUGAGACAUACCUUGUACCACAGGAGAUUUCCACGGCCCCAUUUGGUGGUUUGGAUUUUCCGGCCGUUAAUGUACUGGAGCAGACUGUUGGGACGGUGUCUCACCGCCGUCCGUAUAAUCGCAAUGUGAGUCUGAUGUUUGUAGUGCUGGUAGGAGUCGCACUCCUUUUGGUGUCCAUAUACAUGAUUGUCGACAGCUAGUGGGCAUGUGUCGGAUCCAAGUUUUUUUAGUGAGCUUCUUCUGGGGGUCCCUCCACUCCAUCCUUUGGAAGACUAUAUGGGGGAGAUCGUUUUUUAAAGUAUUCUGAUAGGGGUUGCAGGUGAGUAAAAGGUGUAGAUGUUUUUAAUUUUUUGGACAAAUUGACAUGGGUAUGCUAGCUUUCAGAUCCAUCUCAAGUAGAUGCAUCAAAUUGGGAUGGAGCAUAGGAAAUGGAAAACAAUAUGUGAUGAUGUGGCCCACUUUUUUUUCUUUUUU